GGCAACUCCCAAUCGUCCACUGGGCUUCAGUCGCCCAGAACUUCAAUGUUGACAUCCCUUCGAAAGGAUUCCCAACGAAUGCUUCAAUUUAACUGCGGCUCUGUUCGCACAUUUCCCGCCCGUGUAAUCCUAACGGCUCAAGGAAAUCUCUUCCAAGUUUUAGGGUUACAUCUCUUCUCCUUCUUCUCUUCAUUGAUUCUCCUCUCACAGUUAGGGUUUCUUUUUUCACUUCAGAAUGAAACCUAAUCGAAAAUCCAAAAAACCUGACACAGCUGCUCCAAAGCUGGUUUUGGAAGAGAUCAUCGGAAUGACGGUGAAGAAUGCGAAUGGACUGGCCUCGAAUGAAUCGUCUGCCAACUGUGUGUAUGUGGCGGGAUGUGUUACGGUGGUUUACAAUGUAGAUACGGGCACUCAAUCACACCUCAUGGUGUCUCAUCGGACUCCAAAACCGUUGAGUUGUGUUGCUCUGUCACCUGAUGGGCGUUUUGUAGCUGCUGGAGAAUCAGGACAUCAACCUGCAGUUUUGGUGUGGGACCUGACAACUCUGACCUUUGUAUCCGAGCUUAAAGGCCAUUUGUAUGGAGUUGAGUGCAUUGCUUUCUCACCUGAUGGAGAACACCUGGCAUCUAUAGGGGCCUCCAUAUACUUUUGGAACUGGCGUCGUACAAUGCUAAUUACGAAGCUUAAAGUCAGUUCCUCUUGUUCUACUGUUAUGUCUGUGUGCUUCUCAUCAGAUACAAAAUUCAUUGUUACUGCUGGAAACAAGCACUUGAAGUUUUGGACACGAGCAUCUACCCCAAUGACUCGUUUAAAUGGAGGGACGAGAUCACUUGCAUUGCAUAAGAAGCCUGUUAAUCUUGGUUCUCAAAAAGCAAGCUCAUUCGUGUCUGUCGUGUCUGCCAUUUGGACUGACAGCAGUUCUGUCAAUUGCAAACAGACUGGUGAAUUUCAUCCGAUCUAUGCAUUGAGUGAUGUGGGUGUUUUAUGCCUCCUUGAUUCGGGGCUAUCUGUAAGAAAAUCAGUUGACUUGAAGGUUGAUAAAAGUUUUGCACUAUCUGCAUCUCAAAAGCUCAUUGCUUGUGCUUGUGGUAAUGGAACUGUACAACUCUUUACUACGGGGGCUCUCAAAUAUGCUGGAAGUUUGCUAUAUUCAUAUGCCAAAAGUUGUUGUGGGGAUAUUGAUAUCAUUGGCCAUACUGGUGCCACUGAAAAUGAUUUUCACCUAACACCCACUUUGCCCAAUGCGGUUGCUUGUCAGUUUUGUACAUCAGAAAAGCUUGUGGUUGUUUACGAAGAUCAUAGUCUCCAUGUAUGGGAUGUUCAUGAUGCAAAGAAGGCUACAAGGCGUUGUGUUCUAGUUUCACAUUCUGGAUGCCUAUGGGAUAUUAAAAAUCUUUGCUGUGAGAAUAUGCAUGAUCCAACUUUUGCAUGUGUGGCUAGAGGUUGUUCUGGUGGGGUUUCUUUUGCGACAUGCUCUGCAGAUGGUACUAUCAGAUUGUGGGAUCUUGCCUCAGGACCUGAUUUAUCAGAGAAUGGUGCUAAUUAUCACUCUUGGAGUGAGAAUACGGGGGGCACCACACAUCUAGUAAGUGCUGGGAUUUUCCAACGUGAUACAGUGCAGAUGGGUGUUAGGACUCAAGGGUUAAGGGCAAUGGCAGUUAGUUCAGAUGGCAUGUAUCUGGCUGCUGGCGAUAGUGAGGGAAACAUUCAUUUCUAUAACCUACACACUUCUGAUUAUACAUUUCUAGAGGGUGCUCAUGAUGCAGAGAUACUCUCAUUGAGUUUCAGCUUACCACAAAAGAUGGAUGUUAUUUCUGAAGACAAUAUGGGUAAUAAUGAGUACUUCCUUGUUUCAGGGGGACGAGACAAAAUAAUUCAUCUUUAUGAUGUCAAGAGGAACUUUGAUCUCAUUGAAACUAUUGAUGACCACUCGGCUGCUGUCACUUCAGUAAAGCUCACUUGUCAUGGCCAAAAGAUUAUCAGUUGUAGUGCUGAUAGGUCUUUGGUACUCCGUGAAGUUGUUGCGACUGAUACCGGAUGUAAGAUUUUGCGUUGUCAUCAUCAAUUGGCAUCUCGUGGAACUGUAUACGACAUGGUUGUGGAUCCAAUGAUGGAGGUUAUUAUUACAGUGGGGCAGGAUAAAAAGAUUAACACAUUCGACAUUGCUUCUGGGAAGCUAAUUAGAUCAUUCAAGCUAGAUAAAGAUUAUGGAGACCCAAUAAAGGUUAAUAUGGACCCAAGUUAUAAUUACCUGGUGGUCUGCUACUCGAGCAAAUGUAUGUGCAUAUACAACUCGACCAAUGGAGAAAUGGUUGCCCAAGCCUCAGGACAUAGUGAAGUCAUGACUGGGGCCAUCUUCCUACCUGAUUGCGAGCACAUUGUAUCGGUAGGGGGUGAUGGUUGUAUUUUUGUAUGGAAAGUGCCUGCUCAUUUAUCUUCCAGGAUGCUGCAGAGUGUGAAGGAAAACCGUGGUCCACUAUCUCCAAGAAGCUUGUCAAAGCCUCUAGCAUUCAGUCAAAUCAUGUUCUGCGAAGAGGAAGAUCAGGAGCACAGAAUCAUUCCUGAUGGUUCUAGCAUUCAGUCAAGUCAUGCUCAUGGUCCUCAGAAAACCCCAACAUUUAGAUUCAGCAUUUCAAGACUUCCGAAGUGGGCACAAGUCAAAGUAGUGACCUAUAGUCCCAGUCCCUUGAAUCAUAAACUCGCUACAUCCCAGAAGCAGAAGCAAACCAGAAGUAGUUUAUCUCCUUUGGUCAGUGAUGGCACACAAAAUGCUCCUGCCUCUUCUCCAUGUUGUGAAGUUCAAAUUCCUAGAACAAGCCGCAGCACUUCAUGCCUCAGCAGCUUGUCCAGAACUUCUGAUACUAGUAACAAUAAAUCUUCGGCAAUAACUGAAGAAACUCAUGGUGGCUUUGCCAUGGACAAGCGCUGGUUGAACGUUUAUACUGUAUGCCUGGAUCUACUGAAUUCUCCGGAGGCGCAGGAUUCAAUGGACGCGAAGUUCCCAGUGUUAGCUCCUAUUUUUUCACAAAUCCCAGCUGAGCUGCCAAGUAAUUGUGAAUAUGUCUUUGGGAGUCAUGACCUUGAUGAAGAUGGUAAGCAGGGUGCUACUUCUAACAACUGUGCUCAUUCAGAGACAAGUUCAUGCCAGGACCCAGCUGUUGACGCAGCAGAGCUAUUGUUGUCGUGUAACUCAGGAAGUGAUUUGCCAGUAGCAAUUAACGUUGAUGCAUGUUCCGAUAAGCCUGAAGAAAAUGAUCUUUUCAAGCAGCACUUUGGCAGUCUAUCUAUGUUGUCUGAGAUAAAAAAAAGGAAAUUACCUGUGAGGAGAUUCUCUGCAAAAUAUGUUGUGCGGCAGGACUACCUUGGAGGCAGCAAGAGACUAUUUGAAACACCUGUUAAAGAUUUAUGUGGUAAAUUGUUGAAUCAUAAGGAAGAAAGUGCCAAAUGCUCUACACUGAAAGAUCCAGCAUGUCAGAUUCAAGAAGGAUGGCAACCGGUAGAUUCUUGUAAGCAGGAUGCAAAAAACUUGAUCGGAAGCUUGCUUCGUCCUGGGUGUACCCAAUUACAAGACCCUGUAGCACAAGAGUCAUUGAAUAUCAAAUCAGCAAAAGCCAAUGAAGCGAAUGAAUAUAUUCCUCAGGGGAGUAAAGUGCAGGAAAGAAUAACUGCUUGCAGGGAAGCACUAAACCAGUUGGAGGCUGCAGCCAUCAAUGCUGUCCGGUUAUUUUCAGAUUUUGGAACUUCACUUAGCGCAGAAGAAUCUUCAGCUGGAGGUACAGCUCAAUUAUACACUGAGGCAGCUGGGCUACUGCCAUCUAUUGCUCAAAAAGUUAAUGCAAUUGCAAAUAUGGUGCAAGACAGCAACAAAAAUUCACGCCAACCUAGCGGAUUGGGAAAUUUGCUGACAGUUUAUGACAGGAGCAAUGUACAAAUUGUUGGCCAUCGAGUACCUAAUUCUUGGGUGUAAAAUAACAGAGAGACAGAAGUUCUUUCUCUCCUGUUGUUUUCAUGGGAGAAGAUGACAAAUGUAUUUAAAGGAAAAGAAAGAAAGCUCAUUCUCACUGCAUAAAACUUUCUUUAGAGGGACAAGAAAACUAGUAGCCCAGCCAGCCAGCCAGCCCUGACUACACCGAUCGAAUCUUCAGUUGUUCACAAGAGAACAGAAACACAAAGCUUAAACAAAAGAUUGCCUUGUGUGAGCGAUCCUAACUCUUUCCUUUGCACGCAUGCUUUGUAGUCAGUUUCUUGCCCUUUCAGAUGUGAACCUCCAUUAGCUUGAUUAGGCCCCAUACUUUUGAAACCUAAUAUUGCAUUAAAAUUUUUAUAAUCAAAGCUCUCGAUUUGAUUGU